AUGAGUCUUCCCUUCGGCAUCAACUCCUCACUUCUACCAUCCAAACCGACUCAGCUCCCCACCCAGUGCGAGCUCAUUACCAUCUCGAUUAAGUCUGGCGAGACUGGGCCGCCCAGUCCGGGCAGGGCUGCUAUUACAGCCAGCAGGCAGACAGGCUACAAACCAGGCCACGGGGCCACCGUCCACUCUACCCGUCUCGGAAGUUGGGGAAAUGGAGAGGGCGAACAUGGCUGCAGCAGCAACGUGAUAAUUAAAGUCUAG